AUGUUCAUCCUGCCUCGUUACAAUCACACAUCACCAUUGCGUAAAGGUGAAUGCUGGUCGCGGAGCGAAGUGCAGCUCGUUGGACUUACAGCGAUACUGUUUGUUAUGACUGUGGCGUUCUUUGGCAUCUCCAUUUUGAAUUGGUACGCUCACAUGAAGCAUCAGCAGAACUCUAUGCGAAAUCAUCACCACACAGUCCUGCACAUCUUCACGCCAACGUUUUCAAGGCAGCACUCAGCUGCUUCCGUAAAUAAAGAUGAAGGAGGGAAAUAUGAACGGUUUCUGUCAUUAAGACGGUCUCUUGUGACUCUGGAAUUCCUAAUCGUUGAUUUUUUUUCGGAAAAAAUAGAAAGUGCAUACUAA